CACAGACGGUUGCCUUGAUUGGUCGGCUGGAGGCGGAGCCAAAAUGGCGGCCAAGAUGGCAAAAUGGGUUGCCCUUCCUACAGCCCUGGCAUGGGCACCUAUGAAUGUAUAUGCUGCAUCUGAAGAGGAAACAAAGUCCCAUCGUGUUAAGGCUCAUCAGCUUCCUAUUUAUAAUGCACCACCUCUGAAAUCAAGAUAUAUUGAUGAAAAGCCUGGCCGUUUGCAAACUGGGAUAUCAUCAGUAAGAAAGUCAGCAAGUUACUAUGUUAAUGCGUGCAAGGAAGCUUAUCUCUUUGUCAAAAAUGGAAUAUUAUCUUCUAUACUGUUUGGAAAAGAUGCCUAUGUUUAUCUGAAGAAUCCUCCUCCAGAAUUUCUUCCCAAAGUUGGUGUGAUUACAGUUUCAGGACUGACUGGAAUAGUCCUAGCAAGGAAAGGGUCUAGAUUUAAGAAAAUUGCCUAUCCCUUGGGACUUUGCACACUGGGCAUCUCUCUCUGCUAUCCGGUGCAAUCCGUACUGAUUGCAAAGGUAACAGGUGGAAAGGUUUAUGCUGCAAGCCAUAAAACCUAUGAAGCAAUAGGAUCACUAUGGAUGAAGAGAUCUACUGUGAAAGAACCACUCACCCGGGACAAAACCACUCAGGAAGUUCCAGGACCCGGCCAUAGCAUCGCAGAAGCUCAUAAGAGUGUCGUUGAAUCAGAGGAAAAGGCAAAAGCAUUGGAGAAGCAAUUUCACGCAGGGAAGACGCAUGCCCAGACAGACUCCGUGCCACUGACAGCUGAAGUGAAGAUGCCAAAUGCCAGAUCAGAUUUGUUAAAGGCCUCAAAGUUUAAACCAGACCCCAGCCUCAUGGACCAUGGGCAAUCCAGCCCAGAAGAUGUGGAUAUGUACAGUACCAGAAGCUAACGGGCCAAACUCCCUAAUCUUUAGGCUGUGGUAAUGAUGGGACUUUAAAAUGGAAACUUUAUGCAACUUGUAAUUGCACCCUCUGUGGCGGUCUUUGAUCCGAUACUUUCUUAACCCGCUCUGAACAGCCAAUUUACUCACCCUUCAUUUCCAUUGUAUCCUUUUUCUACUGCUUAGUGCCACUGAAAGUAUUUUCCGUGUUUUGGAGAAGCAUAUCUGAUCUCUUUAUCGGGAGAGCUAAGGGUUUCAGAUGAGAUUGUCGUUGUCAAGCUGGUAAUAAGUGGGAAACGCUCGGGAAAUAGAUUUCUACGCUGCCGCUGCUGCUUCCCAACAGAUGAAGGGAUAAUAAAAAGAGAUGUAAAACAUUA